CUGCACGGUUAGGGUCCUCCCUGGGGUAAAACGCGCGCGAACGUUUCGUUCCACCUGCCACACGUUCAUCAGGACCGAAUAUAGCAUGUGUUCAUAGAACCCCCGCAGCACGCCCCUGGUUGUGCCACAAGGAGCGAACAUCAUCAUCAAGAAUUAUCAUAUACCAGAAUAUUUUAUUGGACUCAGACCUAAGGAUUGGAAAUUUGAGAAGGAUUUUCGUCUUGAUUUGAGGACGUGGUUUUGGAUCAAUAUAUAAGAGGAGAAGUGCACACCGAAUAGGAUUCUAGUAGUCUGGGGAACUUCCAUAUAGAAAUUUCUUCUUCAGAGAAGGGUGAUCUACGUCAACGGAAGGGAAAUUGAAGAACAGAAGAUAUUUUCAUCUCAUGAGUGUCAGGCGCGCUUGGCAUGGGGGGUGAAACGACCCGACCCAUGUUUUGGCGAAGGGUGCCCACUUUAUUCCUUCUAGCGAUGACUGGAUUCGUUAGUGUGGCCGCUCUUUGUCCAGUUAAAUGCCGUUGCAACGAGACAACCCUUUCGACGAUCUGCACCUCCGCUCACCUGGAAGUGAUACCUCUCCAGCUCAACCCCGAUCUACGUCACAUGGACCUGUCCAACAACAAGAUCAGCAAUCUAUACUACGCCCUCUCCAUCUACGAGAACCUACUCAGCCUGGAUCUGUCGACGAACAAUCUCAGCUCCCUCGGUUCCGACAAAUUUAAGAGCCAGAUCAAUCUGCGAGUGUUGAACGUCAGUCGGAACACCAUCGAGAAACUGAAGAAGGACUCGUUCAACGGCCUGAAGGCGUUAGUCACGUUGGACCUGAGCUAUAACAGAUUAGAGAAGCUGCAUAAUUUGACAUUUUUAGAGUUGCACUCGUUACGUACGGUCGUGCUCAGCGGUAACCGCAUCACGCACCUGGAAAGGGGCCUGCUUAAGACCACCAAGCAUCUUAAGGAAUUGGUGCUCGACAACAACCAGCUAUUGGAAAUUCCUUCGGCCGUUUUAUCGGACGCGAUAGGCUUACAACGGCUGAUCCUCUCCCAGAACCUAAUCUACAGUGUUGAUGAGGGGAGCAUGCCGACUCUUUCUGAGCUGCGAUCUCUUUCAAUCGACGGCAAUGUGAUUAGAGAUAUUCAUCAUGCCGCCCUAACCGGGCUCCCGUCCCUCGAACGGCUGGAUUUAAGCGACAACAAUUUCACCAAUAUACCUACUGCGUCCUUAUCGAAGUUAUCUAAUUUGACUUGGCUCAAACUGAGUGGAAAUUUCGUGGAAAAGAUUCCGCCCGUGGCUUUCAGAGGCCUCUUUCAGCUGAAAUACAUUCAUUUAGACCGUUUGGAUCUGUUGGAGAAGAUAGACGUCAGAGGGUUCGUCGACAAUAUCAACUUGGAACGUAUAUGGCUGAAUGAUAAUAUAGGUUUGAAGUCUAUACCGACAAGAUUAUUCCACGGUAAUCCGAAAAUUGUACAUAUAUCAAUCAGGAACAACGCUCUGACAACCGUUGAAGCCACUCAUUUCCCAUUAGAUCAAUUAAGGUUGUUACAGUUAGGUGGAAAUCCCUUGGAGUGUAACUGCUCGUUAUUGUGGUUGUGGCAUUUAGCUCAAGAUCAAAAGAAAGUCCCAAUUAUCCAGUCCAAUCAGACGUACGGCGUGCCUUCGGAACUCCACAUCGAUUCCCAAGACAUAAAUUGCGCCGCACCAGAAACGCUCCACGACAAGCGUUUGCUGGACGUUGCCGAGUCCGAGAUAAACUGUUCCUUCAGCUGGAUAGCCAUAACGUCGGCGGUAAUCAGUGUCCUGUUUGUUGUUGUGAUCCUGACUGGUCUCGUGCUUUGGGGCCCGCUGAAAAGGAGUCACUUACGGGGUAAGGAUCUGUCCCAGGGGAACGGGGCAUUAAGCUGCGGCAGGACGGACAACUACGAACCGCCCAGAAUUGAAAAAUGCAUCGUUUCUCCACCUGCGUCUCAUCAUCACGAUUAUCGCACCCUGUCCUCCUGGGAACAUUACGGCUCCGACUACGGGAACUGUAUGAGUAAUAUGAACAUAUACGAACAAUUGGAUUGCCACUUGAAGGAUCGCCCACACAUCGUUUACAACAUGAAAUUCAACGUUGUUUUAUUUUUAUUGGGAGCAUUACUGGCACCCUGCUUGUGCUUCAAUGGGAAUCUGGCAGAGCUCGAGUGUCCCGACGAAUGCGAAUGCCACUACUUCAGAAUAAACUGGGUGACAGAUUGUUCUGAUAGCCAUCUGUCAAGAAUACCCUACGAGGAUAUCAGUUUGGACGUAUAUAUACUCGAUUUGAAUGAUAACAGUAUCGCAGAUAUAGAACCUUUUCCCGCCAACAUUAAAAUGAGGCGACUUCAACUUUCUGGGAAUAAACUGACAGCACUAGAAAGAAGAAUGUUCGCUGGAUUGUAUUACCUCAUAGACGCGGAUUUCUCAUACAAUAAUAUCUCUAAAGUGGAUCCCGAUGCGUUUAGUGAUUCAACAGGAUUCAUAACACUGGAAAUGCAUGGAAACCCCUUGGACCCGGUAGAAGGUCCAUUCCUCUCACAAUUAUCCCUGCUGACUCUGGAUAUCAGCAACUGCGGUCUCAAAUCCAUUCAUCGAGACUUCUUCGCCAAUUUAACUUCUCUCAGCGACCUAGAUAUCUCUAAUAACCCAUUGGGCUCAUUGCAAGAUGGCAUAUUCGAACCGUUGGCCAGUUUGGAAAGUUUAAAGAUGAACAACUGCAAUCUGAGCUUUAUAUCUAAUAAAGUGUUCGAACCUUUCGAAAAUUUGAAACAUUUGGAGCUCGACAACAACAAUUUCCACAAAACGAAUUGGAUUCUUGUGUUGGACAAACUCAUACGAUUAGAACACUUGAAUUUGAGAAAUUCCGGUUUACGCCAUCUUCACAAAGAUAUAUUCAAAAAUAAUAUAUACAUGAGAACCUUGGUUCUUGCCGAGAACGACCUAAACAAUUUGGAUGUCAGUUCAACACUUCAAGUUCUCCAUCACCUAGAUACGUUGGACUUGUCUAACUGCAAUCUUUCUCUUCCCUUAUCGGAGGAUGCUUUUAUAAAUUCAACACGAAUAAGAAGUUUGUACCUCUCUGGAAACUCCCUCUUCGCAUCCGAUUUACUUGUGGCUUUAUCACCCCUCGCAGAUUUACAAAAACUGUCUCUGAGCAACUGCGGCCUCAGUAGGCUUCCAGAUAUUUUCAAUAAUUUCAAAAGUUUGCACGAGCUCGAUUUAUCACACAACCCUUUGAACGACGUGUUCGUCAAACUGUUAUCUCCUCUAGAGAAUUUGGAAUAUUUGAAUAUGGGUUACAGCAAUUUAUCCCAUAUUGCUCCCAAGUCUUUUUCCAAGAUGACAUCGAUGAGACGUCUAGUAUUGGCAGGCAACGAUCUAAACAACCUGGAAACUGGAUUAUUCGGGAACUUGACGAAACUGGAAAGCUUGGACUUGAGUUUCUGUGGACUAAAGAGAGCACUGAACGCUUCAAUAUUUUUCAACAAUUUAACAUACGAAGACAUAACUGAUCUUCAGCUGGCAGGGAAUCCCUUAAAAGUACCACAAACAGGGCCCCUUUUGCCAAGACAACUUUCAAGACUUCGAAACCUCGAUUUGAGUAAUUGCAACCUUACAUUCCUACCAGCGCAAGCGUUCCAUUGGACAAGGAAUAUAACAACACUGAUACUCGCUGGCAAUAUGUUCAACAGCUCUUCGGAUUUCAGAUUUUUGGAGCUUCUAGCAGAUCUGCAAUCUCUGGAUUUGCGGAACAAUAAGUUCACCAAGUUCGAUUUGAGAUAUAUCCUGCCCAACCAACACUUGAACAAGCUGAAAUUGAUAGGUAACCCUUGGAAGUGCGAAUGUUACAUCGCUGAAUUGUGGGAUUGGGCUGUGCUUCUACGGGAAGAUCCACACAUUUUGGAAGGUACUCUAGUAACUGCGGAUAACAUUAAGACCCCGAAAAUAAGGGGUCAAAAACUGUUGACGUGUAGUUAUGACAACGAUAAAAUUCCAUCAUCCCCCAACAAUGUGGGAGCCGUAGCUCGUCGGAGAUCCUUCAAAAACCCACAAAGAGUCUUUAUAACCGCAAAUAGAACUUGGGCCAAGUAUGUACGAGAAUCAGGCUGCGAGCAACGCGUCAACCAUACAAGAUUACCUAGAUCAGCAGCGUAUCAACGAUCGAAUUUGGGUCCGAACAAUUGGGGUAUGACAGCAAUUAAUACACUAGUAGUUUACGCCACCAUCAUGGCAAUCCUUGGUGUGGCCAUUAUACUCACUAGAAAGCAACGAGAUUCACCAAGAAUGUUCAAUAAAGACACCUGAAUGUAUUCAUUGAAACAAUAAAUAUUGAACGAAAUAUAGUUUGUGAUAAUUGUUGAUUAUACGAAUUAGAAUUGGAUUCAUUGUGCAAUAAAAUAUUGUUCUUAGGAUAUGUAUCAUUCAUUUCUUGAAGGAUGUCGUGGAUUGUAUUCGUUGUUAUACGUUUUUUUGAUAUAUUUAUGAUUUGUACCGAAACUAGAAUAAAAGUUAUUUUAUA